UCCUACCACCAGGGAAGAUGCUGCAAGAAUGUACUAGGAUGCCAAGCAACAAUGGACUGAGCAAAAUCUACAUUGCAAUAACACCCACACCCUACACCAGUUUAGACCACAACUUUCCAAAUUUACAAGUUCUCCGGACAAUUUUUUAAAAUUUAGUAAUAAUGGACGACAUUCGGGCACUUACCAGCAAACUGGGAGAGGCUGUCCUGGACGAGCCGCUGUCAUGCUGCUGCGUCCCCUACCAGCAGAAUGUGCCCGCCGCCCGGGCCCCGCGGGACUGCGCCACCCCGGGCAGGAGGCUGCCGCUGUACGCCACCGGGCAGCGCAUCAUGGGGCAGCUGUACGUCAACCUGGAGCUGUACCCGGGGCCCGCCAGGCCGGUGCCGCAGAUGAAGGCGGAGCUGCGGGGCGGCAAGCACUACCCGGUGUGCAACUGCGUCAAGCGCAACGGGCUGCAGGACUCGUGCCUGUCGUGGCGCUGCAUGCUGGCCAACACCAUGCAGGGCGCCGCCGGCCAAGACAAGGGCUGCGCGGCCCUGCCCUUCCCGCAGUGCGUGCUCGGCCGCAAGCAGCUCUCCAAGUACGCCACCCUGCCCGACCGCACCCCCGAGUACUGCCGAUACGACUACCCGCCCGCCUGCUGCAAGCCCUGCACGCCCACCUGAGGGAAUACCAGACGCCCCAUGAGCAACGUAUGCGUGCCCGACUGUAACACCAACGCACCACCCCUGGCAGCCAUCGCCAACUCCUGCACCUGCCCGUGAGCACAGCCACAGCCCUUGCAGCCUCCCCCCGCGACAUGCAGCCCUCCGCACCGCGACCGUCGCGAGCCCCUCGCGGGAGGAAGGGGGCGUCCUCGGGCUCGGGCCGGAGGCGGCGGCACAGGCGGCGGCGCCGGAAGCGGGUUGCGGCCGAGGGAGCGGGGUCCGCGCCGAGGCGCCUCCGCCGCCCGUCUGUGAGCAGCGGCAGCAGCGCCGGCGCCGCGUCGUACGCGCGGCCCACGGUGGCCAGCAUGUCCAAGACGCGCGCGGGGCUGCCCGCCAGCGGCCCGGUGUCCGCGCACGUCGCCGCGUCCGCCGUGCUGCUGCGCCACAAGCUGACCCUGGCCUACCGGGCGGCGCGCGCCGUCAACGUGAGCAGCACGCAGCGGCCGCCCGUGCCCGUGCGCCUGCCCACGUCGCUGCGCUGGGGGCCGCUCGUCGAGAGGGGCAGGCUGCCCCCCGCGGCUGCUCGCAGGCUUAGCGCACUCAGCGGCUCCGUCACGGGCUCCAUGACCAGCGCUCUGCAGCCGCCUUGGGACCUGGGCCGCUACGUCACCGUCACCGUCCCCACCCUCAGUCGCCGGCUCGCCGUCCACGCCCGCCGGGGCUCUACAGGCCCGCGUUUCGACGACAGCACGGCUCCGCUUACCGCGGCCGCCGACCUUGUAACUCCAGAGCAGGUCGCAGCCAUGGCAGACCGACCCGUGGACCUGGAGAGCAUCGUCACGUCACCACAGAAUCUGUCGGCGGCCUCCUCUAAGGAGACCCUGGUCGCAGAGACUGCGCACCAGGACCAAACGGACGAGAAGGCUGAAGACGAUGCGUUACCGCUUGCGCCACCAUCAGAGGGACCGGCCGUCGACGUGGAGGCCCAGGGCGUAUCCACAGCAGGGGAACGCGACAGUCUUCCUGACACCCAGCCGCAGCCGGUGUCGGCCGUGCCCGAGGAGCACGCGCCCCUCAAGUCGUCGUGGCUAGCGCUCUACAAGAAGGUCAUCCUGGGCGAGGCCACGCGGCGGGCCGUGGAGGCCUCCAUGGCGGCCGCGGCGGCAGCAGCGGAGCGCGCCCCAAAGACCGUCGCGAAGGGCGUGUCCACCGCAGCUAGGAAGGGCCCGAGGACGAGUGGAAGGGCGAGCCCAAGCCCCGCCGCGUCGCCCAGCCCACGCAUCGUCAUCACGGCCUCCAGCCGAGCCGGCUCCAUCGGCUCCAUCUCCAAGCGCCCUGGGUCCAGCGGUAGCGGUCCCAGUAAAGCCACAUCGAUCGUAGGCCGGCCAGCGUCCAAUCGGCCCGUCACCGCUCCGACGCCGUCCCCGAGGCGGAGGGGUGGCCAUGACCUAACAGUGCUCACGACACAACCAGUCGUUCCAUGCAUGAGCAACUUCCGUCGCCGGUUCACUCGCACCAAGCGAAAAACACGGAAGUCGUCCGGGCCGAAAGAGCCUGCGACCCGGUCGGCCCCUGCGUCGGCGCCGACCACACCACUACCGCAGGCGCGUCGACAGCGAACGACCCCGCAGCCGAUGCCAACGCUUCAACAACGUCCUCCGUGGCGGGGCGCUGUCCUCGGCGAUGGCGCGCCCGACACGCCGCCAAGCCCGGUGGUGGAGUCUCUGCCGACGCCCCCACGGCCUCAACCGCGGCGGCGCCCGCGGCCGGCGACGGCGACGGGGCCUUCGCCGCGGAUGCGCAGACGGCCUCCAUGGCGAAGCAUUCUGCCCGAUGAGGACGAGGCUGUCGGCCAGGACACGGAGGCCUCGCCGGGCGACCAGUGCCGGGGGGGAGGCCGCCGCCAACGCGACGCGGGCGAGGCCCGGUGCGCGGCCGCCCUGGAGGCGCGCGUGCGCCAGCAGGCCCAGCAGGCGCGGCCGCGCUCACGGCCGCUGCUGCACUCCUGGUUCACCCUCACGUCCCAGAUGCCGGCCCCCGCCAGCUGCUCCAGCUGCGCCAGCCCCGGGCCCGCCAGCGCCAUGAGCGCCCAGAGCGUGCGGCUCCUCAACAGCUUCAUCGACACUCUCUGAGGCCGUUGCUUUCCGUCGU